AUGCCCCGCAAGUCCAUCCUCUCUGUGAACGCCGGCUCAUCGUCGGUAAAAAUAACCUUCUACACAUACACCCAAACGCCGUCCGUCAUCGCGACCGCGCAGGUCUCCGGCAUCACCGCGCCCCCCGCAAAACUCAAGUACAGCGUCGGCGAGAAAGAGAAGAAAGAAGAACUGAAGGAAAAAGUAAGCUCGGGACAGGAUGCUUUCAAGCUCCUGCUCGAUCGCUGCAUCAACGAUCCGGACCUCAAGGAUGUCGCAAGCCCCGACGACCUGGCCUAUAUCUGUCAUCGCGUGGUGCAUGGGGGGGACUUUGAAGGCGCGGUCGUGAUCAAUGAGGAGACGUAUCAUCAGUUGGAGGAGUUGGAGGAUUUGGCGCCUUUACACAACUUCUCCGCGCUCGAAAUCGUCCGGCUCUGCAAAAAGGAGCUCCCCAAUGUCCAGAGCAUCACGUUCUUCGACUCCUCGUUCCACAAGACUCUCCCCCCUUACGUGACAACGUACCCAAUUGACCAGGAGACGGCGAAGCGCAACAAGCUGCGCAAGUACGGGUUCCACGGGAUAAGCUACUCGUUCAUCCUGCGCUCGGUGGCAGAGUACUUGAAGAAGCCGGUUGAGAAGACCAGCCUGAUCGCCCUGCAUAUAGGGAGCGGAGCGUCGAUUUGCGCGAUCAAGGAUGGGAGAUCCGUCGAUACUUCAAUGGGAUUGACGCCCCUGGCCGGACUACCAGGCGCCACACGCAGCGGCGAUAUCGAUCCAUCGCUUGUCUUCCACUAUACCAGCGAGGCGGGAAAGCUCAGCCCUGCCAGUACUAAAGAAAUGCACAUCAGCACGGCCGAGGAGAUACUGAACAAGAAAUCCGGCUGGAAGGUCCUUACAGGCACCACGGACUUUUCCCAAAUAGCUGUCGAGAACCCACCGAGUGAACAGCAUAAACUCGCUUUUGAUAUCCUCGUCGAUCGCAUCGUUGGCUACAUUGGGAAUUACUUCGUCAAGCUGGAUGGGCAGGUCGACGGGCUUGUCUUUGCCGGAGGGAUCGGUGAAAAGAGCGCGCUGUUGAGGAAGGCUAUCGUUGAGAAGACACGGUGCCUUGGUUUUGCGGUUGAUUCGGAGAAGAAUGAGAAGGGGCCUGGUGAGGAUGAAACGGUGGUGGAUAUCACUGCGAGUAGCAAGUCAGAUGAGAGGCGAGUAUUUAUCUGCCAGACUGAUGAGCAGUUCGAGAUGGCGUUUAACUGUAUCCAGACGCAGGGUCUCGGUAAAAAGUAG